CAUUAAUGCUAUUGUAUCGAUGUACAUCUUAUGUAACAACGACAUCACUAUAGGUGGACAUUUUCGUUUUGAGUAUUUUGAUUUUUCCGCAUUUUUUACUAUUUUCCAGAAGGAAAGGAUAUAAUGUUUAUAAUUAUUCAUGCUAAGUUACAUUAAGUUGGUACAAAAUUAUGUGAAAAUACCACUUAAAGUCGUGGAGUAUAAUGUAUAUUUUAUAAAAAUCUUCAAUUGCAGGUCGAAAUCUGUAACGUCUGAUUCAUCUGAAAACUCCGCAAGUGAAAGAGAAGAGAUGCCACAAAAAGCGACAAAACAGUCUAAAGGACAGGACAAGCGGUCAAAAAACUCCUCUGCCACACAAAAAGGCGAACCGCCCCCAGAGCCCCCCGUAAAAACCGGAAGAAAAACAAAUAAUUCGCUUGCUUCAGCUACUGGACAAAUAGUGAUACCUGACAAUGAUGAACCAGUUAAUAGCACUAGAAAAAAGUUGAAAACAUCACAGAUUUUCAGCCAAACUGAAGAAGAUAUACAAACUGAUAUGUACAAAGUUUUGGAACAACUCACUGCUCAUGAAGAUGCUUGGCCCUUCAUGGAUCCUGUAGAAGAAGAAUACGCACCCAAUUAUUAUGCAGUGAUAAGACGUCCUAUGGACUUACGUAAAAUGGAGCAACGACUUGACAGUGGCUACUACACAGACUUUUCAAUGUUCAAAGCUGAUUUCAAACUUAUCGUGAACAAUUGUAGACUGUACAAUGGCCAAGAUAAUGAAUAUACAAUAAUGGUAGAUAACUUACAAGCUGCUUUUGAUCGACUUACUGAAAAAUAUAUACAUAGGUUAUCAUCAUCAGAUGAAGAAAUUGCUGUUGAAUAUCAGCUACCGACACCUUCACGAAAACAUAAAUUAAAAACUAGUGAAUCUCCAAGUCGCCAUAAAAAAAAGAAACGGAAAUCUCAUUCUGAAGAUACUGGUAAAACUCAAUCAUAAUUUACCACAGAAAUGUUUAAAACUGUAUCUGUCAGUUGCACAAAUGUCAAUUAAGGUUUAAUGGCGCCUUUGAGCUCUAAUUAAUGUCAAAUUUGUAUCGGUAAUGUAGCUGUAAACUAAUGGCAAUUUUAAUGGAUAUUUGUUCAACGUUAAUAUAAAUUUGAAAUUUAUUUGUAUGAAUAUAUCAACUGAAUAAACAUGCGAUUUUCCCUUUUCUCAGGUGAAAUAAAAUCUACUAAUUCGUCUACAGCAAUACAAGAAGAAAAUGAACAAUCUCCAGAAAUCGAACACAAAAAAACAAAGGAAUCUCACAAAAAUAAAGAUGGUAGAGGCAAAAAGAAACGAAAAGGUCAUCAUCGUCAUGGCAAACAUUCCAAGAACCAUAAGAAAGAUUCCUACAGGUCUGAGCAUGGUGAACCUACUAAAGGUAGGCAUAGUAAAAAACAUACAAAAAAUAAAGAUAAAGAUGGGAAAAAGUCUAAACAGAAAAAAAAGAAAAGCAAACACCAUGAAGCUGAGCCUGUAGAAGAAAUGAAAAGAGCAAUGUCAGUAGAGUCUUUGGAAAGUUCUAACAGGAGUAGAAGUGCUAGCCCUUUGCCUUCUAUACAUACACCAUCUCCAUCACCUACUGAACUUAAUCAAGCAGAUCAGGCAGAUCAAGCUGAUCAAUCAGACCAACUCAACGACUCUGACUUUUUCAAAGAUAAAUAUGAUAAAAUAAAAGAAAGACGACGUCAUGCAGCAAAAGAUGCUUGGGAUUCUUUAUUUGAUUAUAAACAGAAAGCAAUGGAUAAACAAAAUCUUCAUAUACCGGAAAAAGAGAAAAAUCAAAAACUGAGGGAAACAAUUGAAAAAUUAAAGGCGAAGAAUGAAAAGUACAAAGAUCUGAAAAGUACACUUUUUAAUAGCUUGUUUACAACUGGGCAUAGUAGUUCAGAUAAAACAUCCGAUUCUAUCAAAGAGCCUUCCCUUAAAGAUCCUGAGGAGAAAAAUGAAGAGGAAUUCACAGAUGAAGAUUUAUCGGAAGCACAAAAUCAAAAAGGAAAAACAUUAAUUAAAAAAGGUCACAAAAAGAAUACUGCUAAAAAUGAAUCUGCAUCAGAGGCUUUAGAACAAGCUGUGAAGGAUAUUAGUAAAUGGCUUGAUGACGCUCCUAAAAGCUCAGUAGUCAGUUCGCCAUGUGAUAGUCCUGCGCAAACAAUAUCGACAGAAGAACAUGACAAUAGUCGCUUAGAUGAUGAGUUUUCGCAAGGAGAAAAAUCAAGUCUAGUCCGAAAGGAAACAUCGCGGAAGAGGCCGUCAUCCCGAGAGCCAAAAGUUCUUAAGCGGAGGGAAAUACAAAGAACUAUUGAUAGAUUACAACCUGGAAAGGGAAAAGGAAAUUUACUAACUAAUUUGACUAAUAAGAAUUCUGAAAAAACGGAAGAAGUAACACCGUUAGGACCAUUAAAUAAAUUAAGAGAUCCUAACAAGGUUGAAGAAUCUAGCCCUAAACUGAGCCUUGGUUCUGUUUUACCAACUGUAGAAUUUACUCUCGGUAAUGAUCAUAAUUUUGCGAAUGAUGAAACAAAACCUGUAACUGAAACUCCAAAGAUUCAAACAACGUCGUCAGAAGAACCAAAAGAAGACGUCAAAAAAGAAGAAACACCAAUUGAAAAGAAUGAAGAAGCUGUAAUUGUACAACCAAAUAAGAAAGACGCUGAAGUGGAAACUGAUCUUCCAACUAGUGUAAAACCAAAUCAGGAGAAAGCUACGCCUAACCUAAGUGCUUGGUUCAAAGCUUUUGGCACACCCAAAAGUACCUCUACUAUAUCGACAGUGAAAAAGAAAGUUGAUGAACCAGAUUCAGAAGACAAAACAACAGAUAAUGUUAACAAUGAAAUCAAACCAGUUAGUCCAAAGAAUACUGUUAAGUAUGAUUCUCCGACUCAUCCUGAUACUCCCAAUCCCGAAGGAGGCGAUAGUCCACUUCCUAAUGUGUCAGUUACUCCGCGACAACGAAGAACGAGUACUGGAAGUUCUGUUUCUGAACGAUCUUCUUUCAGUCAAGAUCUUGAUUCACCUAGGCAUCAAAUGUCUCAUACAUCGCCUUUGCUUCGGUCUCCUGCAUCACCAAAAACAGAUGAUUUCCAAAAGAUAACCUAUCCUAUUAUAAAUGGUACUGUGAGAGCAGGGUUUUAUCAAGACACCACAUCGGUAAAAAGUAGUCCAGAAAAAAGUUGUAGUCCGCGAGAAGCGCCACAAUCUCCAUAUUCCCCUUAUUCUCAACAGCAUGUCUAUGCUUCGAAUAAUGUCUUGGGCUCGACCACGCCGAAUUACUUUGUAGAUCACAACAAAAGUCCGUUGCCAACAUAUACUCAAAAUCCACCACCAUAUUAUGAUACAUCAAAAGUACCCGUUGUUAAUAAACCUGCUAGAGUUCAUGAAGAUUAUACAUCUUUGGGACCCGACUCGUAUCAACAUAGUCAAUAUAGUGGUCCUUUCUCCCCAGCUCACUCUUCAUUUUCACAACCACAGCAAAAUUAUUCUCAACAACAACAUGCUACUCACACAACAGAAAACCAAAUAACUACUCAACCCACUACAACACCAAUAAUACAGGAAUCAAAAAAUUCUUUAUUUCCUGUUAAAAAACGUACUUAUAAUGAACCUGAAGUGUCUACAACACCACCCAAAAAAAUAAUGGAUGUUAAAGAAGCUUUAUCACAAAAUAAAAAUGAUUUCCAAAAGGUAACUCAAACUCAUCACACAAUAUCGUCAUCAUUACCUACACAAUCUGUUGACGACAUAGCAUUAGCAUUAAGUGAAAAAUCUGAAAUCGCAAAAUUAAACAACUUACGUGAAAAGAGUUCCAUCAAUUACAUGGAUAGACGUUCAACUGAAAAUAGGGACUCUAUAACUUUUGACAAUGAACCAACUCAUGAAGUUAAAAAAGACAUUUCGGGUGUAGAUACGAAUAAAUCAACUAGUGUUACUAAAAAAGACAAUAUUGAUAUGGUAAAUAUGGGAUACAUGAACUCUGAACUCGACAGAAGAAAUAGUAGCGAAACGCAUGAAGUUAAUUAUACUAUAGCUAGAGAUGUCACAAAAGCGAACUUAAAUUCUCAUCCAAAAGGAUUCGAAGUGGAGGCUAUUGCGAUUAAUUUAGGUAUAAACAAUCAGCAAAUGCAAAAAUCGGCUACAAAAACACUUAUUAAUCCCAACAAUAUUCCUCCAGCUCAUUCACAAGAUCGUGCUCAUAAUGAAAUCAAUACAAAUCAAAAUAUAGCUCAUGCUCAUCACACUCAAUAUGAUAUCAUUAACAGUGGGCAAACAAUAAGCAAUUUUUCAUUAAAUGAUAUUGAACUGGCUAACAAAAAACUUCAUUAUGCAUGUAAUACAACUUCAUCCCCAGCUGCACUGGAUUAUGGCAACUGGAAAAUGACGAAUCAACUGCGAAAAGAUCUUUUGCCGUCUGACUAUCCCACAAAUUACAGUUCAAAUAAUGUGGACAAGAUAAAACCAGAUAUUGUAACAUCAAACACCAAUGCGAUUAAUUACAACAAAAAUAUACAACAAUCAUAUAACAACUACAAUGCUCCAAGAGCAAGUAUUCAAAGGUCCACAGACUUACAAAAUCUUCCUGCUGAAUUGAGGAUACCUAAUCCCAGGGGUCUCCUCAAAAAUGAUCAUAUGUCCAUUGCUUCUUCAAGUACUGAACACGAAAUGAUAAGUAAAAGUAUUGAUACUCAUGCUAAAUCGCAAAAACCAGAAAAGCUUGUUCAAAACCACCCUUUGGUUGGAUCGUUGCCCUAUAAAACACCUUACAGUGCUCACUCAGCAAUACCUCUAGAAAGUUUAAGGAACUUGCCGAAAAUUCCACAAAUGUUAGAUAGAUACGCAAACGAUGAAAGAUACUUAUCCAGCUUUGCAGGAGCUACCUCCUCGUUAUAUCACGACAAAACCUUCCAAAUGGCACAAAUCUUCAAUAAAAGCAUAUCUUCCGAUAUACAUCCAACCACAUCUGUCAAUAUAUAUUCUCAACCAUCUAUUUCAAUCAAUAAAGAAAGUAGUUCUUAUAAUAAAGCUUCUAAUAAUGUUACUACCCAAGGUGAUUCUAAAACAAAGACUAAAAGAAAAAGAACAACAGAUACUAAAACACACAUGAGUUCACAGAGCUAUCACUCUUCACCAUGUACAGAUGUUUUAUCAUCAGUUAAAACUAGUAUUAUACCCGGAAGUGCAUUCAAUUUUGGAACAACCACUAAUAUUGCACUCGGUGGAGGAUUAUACAGUGACAAUGCUGGGUUCACUAUUGAAGAUUUUCGAAAUAGCUCAGCAGCCAACCAAUUAAUGGCAGCAAAUUAUAUGGCCGCCGCUGUUGCCCAUCAACAAAGGAAUAAUGCAGAGUCUAACGCUGAGAAAUUAGUUAAACCGGCUCACCAAAAUUCCGCGCAUAGUGGUUCUUUCCCUUUUAUUGGACAUUCACAAGCUCGAACAGGAUAUCCAUUCGUCGGAGCUGACACAUCAUCGCCGCUUUACCAGCAGUAUCUUCAACGUCACCAGGAAGAAUUACUUCGACAAACUGGCGCUCAGAUCAUGGGUCUUUACCCACCAGGUUACCCUGCUAGUCUCGGUGUAAGACAACCUUACGAUUCUAUUAACAGGCCUUCAUGGCUGUAAAUAUGUUAGUUUAACUUUACAAUGUGAACCCUUAAUAUAAUCAUAAAUGUGACAAUUGUUAUAGGAAAUUGUAAUUUAUGUUGUUUGUAGUUUUGACAUAGAAUUUUUUAAGAAUAUUUUAUGGAUAUUUCUUAUUUAUGUUAUAUCACAGUUGAUUGUUAAGUAAUAAAUUUAUCAAUCUUAAGUAACUUUAAGCUUUUCUGUUCUAUACAUUACAAUUAAAUAAGAGACUGCUCUCAUUAGAUCUUACUUUCACUCUAUACUUUAUUUUGUCAAUUUUGUUAUUAGUAGUCAUAUUAAACGAACAAAUAACACCUAAAAUUGCAAUUAUUUUGUUGUAAGUAACCUAAUUACUUUACGUUAGUUAUGUUUUUUAUACUCAAAAAAUAAUAACAUUUCUGAUAGUAGAGACAAUAUUUGCAAUAUGAUUUAAGUAUAGAUUCAAUAUUAUUAUUUGAAAAUCAUUAUUUAUCUUUGAUGAACGACGCUUGUAAGCUGUUAGCUUUAAUUUUCUGGACACAUUUUCUACUUAUUAUCAUAUGAAUUUGUUAUUUAAUAAAUACUUUAAAUUUUAUGUUAUUCUACUUAAUUUAGACUGUUGUGUAAAUAUUUCACUAUUUUCGAUUAGAAUCAAUGUUUUAUUAGCAUUAUAAUGAUUAUUAUUAUUUGUUAGAUAAGAUUUAAUUUCAAUUUAAUAUUAAAAUUCAAGGACAUAGUAUUAAGAAUUCAUAUAUAUAACGGACAUUGAAAACAAUUCUUCUCGUGUAAAAAUGAAAAUAAAGAUUUUCAAAAUAAAUUAAUCCUUGAUUUAUACUUUGAAUUAUCAAAAUAAAUGUGUAUUUAGGUACUCGAUAAGACUCGAUUAUCUUUGUUCAA